GGAGCCUCCAGUGAAAGUGAAAGUGUUCAGACUCGUUCUAACUUCAAGGAGCAGACGGAGGAGACGUGAAGUCUGAGGCUGUGAACUGGUUCAAUUGGGAGGAAGAGGAGCCUGAGAACAGGGAGCGGUCAGACUCCAUUUUCACCUGGACGAGCAGAAGGAAGGAAAGUGAGCAGAUAAACAUUGAAACUGGUGUGAAAGAUCAUUUCACUGUGAUCUGCUGUAAACUGAGCGCAGAACCAGAGGAAAUAGACCAGACCUUGAAUAUCUAGAAGAGCAGCGUGGCCUGAACCACAACUGAGCCGCAGCCGGUGCAACAUGGACGAGGACACUUCAGAGCAAGUUGGACCCUCAACCACAAAAGGUCAGGACCACAGACUGAGAGCAGAGUCUCCAGGGUCCAGCUGUCUGUUUCUGAAGAGUGACUGGUCCAUGGGACCUCCUCCAAACUUCAGUAAUGAACCUGGACCCUCACACACAGAGGAGAGGAAGAGGAGUCAUGUUUCUGAGGAGGAGCAGUCGUCCUGCUGUGCUUCGUGUCAGGACGUCCUGAAGGAUCCAGUCUCCACCAGCUGUGGACACUGGUUCUGCAGACAGUGCAUCACCUCAUACUGGGACCAGUCUGGUUCUUCAGGAGACUCCUCCUGUCCCCAGUGUGGAAAAAGAUCCAGAACAGGAGCUGGAGGUCAGACAGCCGCAGAUCGUGGUCUGCAGGAGGUUUCAGAUGAACAUAAGCUCAGUGUGAGGAGGAGAUGUGAACAUGUGACUGAAGGAAGUGAUGAAACAGGAAGUAGAACCCUCCUCAACAGGAUCUACACUGAGCUCUUCAUCACAGAGGGACAGAGUGAAGAGGUUAAUACUCAACAUGAGGUGAGGCAGCUUGAGACGGCUUCCAAGAAGAAGAUCCUCCACGACACUCCCAUCAAGGUCCAGGACAUCUUUAAAGCCUCCACUGACCAGCAGAGCAGCAUCAGAGUCGUCCUGACCAACGGCGUCGCUGGCGUUGGAAAAACCUUCUCGGUGCAGAAGUUCACUCUGGACUGGGCAGAGGGUUUAGAGAACCAGGAUGUGGGUCUGCUGGCUGUGCUUUCGUUCAGGGAGCUGAACCUGGUGAAGGACCAGCAGCACAGUCUUCUCACGCUGCUCCAUGUUUUCCAUCCAGCGUUACAGAAGCUCACUGCAGAGACGCUCGCUGUCUGUAAACCUUUGUUCAUCUUUGACGGCCUGGAUGAAAGCAGACCUUCUCUGGACUUCAACCACAGGGAGCUUGUGUCUGAGGUCACACAGAGGUCAUCAGUCAACGUGCUGCUGACAAACCUCAUCCGGGGGAAUCUGCUUCCCUCGGCUCUCGUCUGGAUAACCUCCAGACCUGCGGCGGCCAAUCAGAUCCCUCCUGCAUGUGUUGACAGGGUCACAGAAGUACGAGGCUUCACUGAGGCCCAGAAGGAGGAGUACUUCAGGAGGAGAUUCAGUGAUGAAGAGCUGUGCAGCAGAAUCAUCUCACACAUCAAGACGUCCAGGAGCCUCCACAUCAUGUGUCAAAUCCCAGUCUUCUGCUGGAUCAGUGCUACAGUUCUGGAGCACAUGUUGACCACAGACCAGAGAGGAGAGCUGCCCAAGACCCUGACUGACCUGUACUCACACUUCCUGCUGGUUCAGACAAAGAGGAAGAACAACAAGUACGGUGAGGGACAUGAGACGAGUCCACAGCAGCUGACGGAGGCUGACAGGGACGUUCUCCUGAAGCUGGGGAGGCUGGCACUUAAACAUCUGGAGGAAGGAAACAUCAUGUUCUACCAAGAAGACCUGGAGCGGUGUGGUCUUAAUGUCACAGAGGCCUCGGUGUACUCAGGAGUUUGUACUGAGAUCUUCAGAAGAGAGUGUGUGAUCUUCCAGAAAUCAGUCUACUGCUUUGUUCAUCUGAGCGUUCAGGAGUUUCUGGCUGCAGUCUACAUGUUCCACUGUUACACCGAGAGGAACACAGAAGAACUCAACAGCUUCUUGGGAACAUAUAGGAACACAGACAAGACCUUCUCCCUGGAUGACCUCCUGAAGAGAACCAUGAAGAAAUCCCUCACCAGUACAAAUGGUCAUCUGGACCUGUUUGUUCGCUUCCUUCACGGCCUCAGUCUGGAGUCCAACCAGAGAGUCUUAGGAGGCCUGCUGGGUCGGACAGAGAACAAUCCAAAUAUCAUCCAGAGAGUCUUAGGAGGCCUGCUGGGUCGGACAGAGAACAAUCCAAAUAUCAUCCAGAGAGUCUUAGGAGGCCUGCUGGGUCGGACAGGGAACAAUCCAAAGAUCAUCCAGAGAGUCAUCAAAAACCUGAAGGAGAUGAAGAGUGGUAACAUUUCUCCUGACAGAAGCAUCAACAUCUUCCACUGUCUGACUGAGAUGAACGACCACUCAGUUCAUCAGCAGAUGAAACAGUUCCUGACGUCAAAGAACCAAUCAGAGAAGAAAUUCUCUGAGAUCCAAUGCUCGGCUCUGGCCUACAUGCUGCAGAUGUCAGAGGAGGAUCUGGAUGAGUUGGACCUGAAGAAGUUCAACACAUCAGACCAGGGUCGACUGAGACUGAUCCCAGCUGUGAGGAACUUUAGGAAGGCUCGACUCAGUGGUUGUCUCCUCUCAGAGACUCACUAUGAAGUUGUGGCCUCAGCUCUGAAGUCAGACCCCUCACAUCUGAGAGAACUGGUUCUGAGGAACAACAACCUGCUGGACUCAGACGUGAAGCUGCUGUGUUCUGGACUGGAGAGUCCAAACUGUCGACUGGAGACUCUGAGGUUGAUUCGCUGCAGUCUGUCAGAGAUCAGCUGUUCUUCUCUGGCUUCAGCUCUGAGGUCAAACCCCUCUCAUCUGAGAGAACUGGAUCUGAGCCACAACAACCUGCAGGACUCAGCAGUGAAGGAGCUGUGUGGUUUUCUACAGAGUCCAACCUGUCGACUGGAGACUCUGAGGUUGCAGUACUGCAGUCUGUCAGAGAUCAGCUGUUCUUCUCUGGCUUCAGCUCUGAGGUCAAACCCCUCUCAUCUGAGAGAACUGGAUCUGAGUAACAACAACCUGCAGGAUUCAGGAGUGAAGGAGCUGCUUGAUCUACAGCAGAGUCCAACCUGUCGACUGGAGACUCUGAGGUGGAGGUGGUCUUAGUGGAUCUGAGUGUGAAGAGGACAGUGUGUGUGGACGGAGGCUGAGCUGUGUCCUGAGGAUCCAGAGGCUGAAGCAGCAGCAGCGUGUGUGUAGUCUCCAAUCUACACAACCCCUAAUCUGCAUGUGUUUGUGAGAUGAAGCCGGAGCACCUGGAGAAAACACGGGGAGAACAUGCAGACUCCACACAGGAAGACCCCAUCUGAACCGGAUUCAAACCAGCAACCUUCCUGCCCCGAUUGUGUUUAUUCACAUGAAGAAUGUGUUUAUUGAAAUGACACAACACAAGCAGAAUAUAUAAACCCUCUAUAAAGAGUCACAUACAGUGUGUUUAAGUUUGUCUUUAUUAUUGUCCACCUUUGUCCCUCAGUGUGUCUCCAUGUGUGUAGAACCACAUUCUGUGUAUAUGUUUGUUUAUGAUCUUAAAGUUCCUGGAUUCACGUCACAAAUUGAUUUAGUUCAACACAAAGUUCAACACAUUGAAAUCACUUUGAGUUUAAAAUCAGAGUUUUGUCUUUGACACAAAAUAUCAAAACUCUGGACUUAAAAAUGGGACGUUUUCAUUUCUGCAUCAGGUGCAGAGCGGUGGUGGCUUUUCUACUUUUGACCCACAGGUGGCGCUGCAGUAUAACAGCAGCACAUCCCAGUCAAAGCCUUUAUAUUCAGUCUAUGAGUCAAACACAUGGAUCAUUUCCUCUGUGACAAACCAGAUGUAACGAGAAGAAAAACAUCUCAGAGAGAAAAGUUCUGUUUCUACUUGUCUCUGCUUUAAUGCUCAAUAAACAUCCUUCCACCGA